GAGAAAGCAGCUUACCCGUUAAGAGUUAGUUGGAAGAAAUGAAGGUAUGCGAGCUCUGCAACUCUCCGGCAGUCAUCUACUGCGACUCCGAUCAAGCCAGCCUCUGUUGCGACUGCGAUGCCAAGGUUCAUAGCGCUAACUUCCUCGUCGCCAAGCAUUCCAGGACUCUCCUCUGCCACGUCUGCCAAUCUCCAACUCCCUGGAACGGCUCCGGCCCUAAGCUCGGCACUACCAUCUCUGUUUGCCAGAGGUGUGUAAAUCGCAGCCGUACUGUAAAUGAGACUCCGUCAUCCGAUGAGGAUGAAGAUGAGGAAGGUGAAGAAGAUGGAGAAGACGAAGGCGACGACGAAAAUGAUGAAGAAAAUCAAGUGGUUCCGUGGUCAUCGACGCCGCCUCCGCCGAUCUCCUGCUCUUCCGCCAGCGAAGAGGAAUCUUCCAGCAGGUUCUGUAACGGAGAAGAAGGUCCAUCGGAUUCAAAAUCAGCUUCUUCGCUGAAGCCAAUGCGCCAACAAUCGUCCUUCAGACCUACUUCUCAAAAUGAUCUAGGGCGGUCUGUUUCACCACCAGCACACAACCUGCGCAUCUUCAUGAAGUGAAACGAAUAACUGCAGCAACCAACAAGCUAAUGUUGAAGCAGAGUGACGACUGAGGCAAGAUCAACCGCCCAUGGCAUUUUCUACUCACUAAUUCUCCUUCCGUUUCAGCUUAUUUUCCCUUAAUCAAUUACUCUACUCAUUUUUAACGGCAUUGUGUCCGUACGUCUCUCCUAACCAUUAACCUAUAUAUAUAUAAUAUUCGCGCUCCUGUAUUAAAACAGAUCCACGGAGUCUGUUUUGUA